GAAAACUCCGGCAAGUCCGCUUGGAAAACAUCUAGAGAUCUAUAAAAGACUUGGCGGGGUCUGCAGAUGUGAACUUCUUUACAUCUCAUCUCAUCAAACACACUAUUGAGUCUUCAAUACCCAAAACCUUUACCAUAAAUAUGCAGAUCCGUGUUCUCCUCACCGUCCUUGUGGGCGUGACCUUCACCGCAGCUCUCACUCCUGCCGACUGUGACUGCUUCACCGUGUGUGAUAGCGACCUUCACGAUGCCGACAACUGUUACAACUCCAACAUUGGAUGCGGAACUUUCGAUGCUCCCACUUGCUGCGGUAUUUGCGGAUGCAAUUGCCCUUAAGACAUAUCGCCAGGGUUAAAACCGAGAUGGUGGAUUUGAUGGUAGACAAAUGUUGAGUUGGAUAGAUCUAUUGAUGGAUGCUGAGAUUUGUUGUGGCAUGUUAGGUCAAAUGAAUACACUGAAUAUAAAGCUCAUGCGGUUCAUUGAAAGAGAGAUUCACUGGCGGUCCCUCAUAACUGAGGACUUGUCAAGCCAUUAAGUAAGAAUCUGUAGACUUUAGAGCAAAAGAUAUCAAAUAACAUCAGCACCAGGGAUUUAUG